AGUGAAGUCGUCGCGAACUCGCCACUUACAAUGCCUGCAUCUCCGCAUUUGUAAAAGAAGAUUAGAGAACCAGGGGCGCGACUUUGAAGCCACAUCUUGCGUAUUACACCCUUGUAAAAGUACUUAAAAAAUCCGCCAAGAUGGACACGUUUGUGGACCAUUGCCGGAAAGGGAAGGAGUUCCGGACUGCAAUGGAAGACAACCUGACCCAUGCAAAAAGGAAAUUCCAACGUAUUGAACAGAAAUUUUUGGCUGCUUGUUUUGCCUGAACAAUGUGAUCUCGUAUUGCACAAGCACGCUCUGUAUAUGCACGAAAUAAACAUCAAAUCAGGCGAACUGGAUUUCACGGCGUACCAGUAUGGCCACGACCCGAUGUACCUCGGUGUCAAUGGUCAAAUUGACUACGGUAAGAUCUGGGGUCAGACCUCCGCGACCAUGCAGAAACUCCUCUGGCCAGCGAGCUACUGGCGGCGGGUGUACUUCAGAAAAAGAAAUGAGGACGACCCAGACCCGGAGCAUUACGAGUAUCGAUUUUUAGCACAGGAUUUGUGAAGAUUUUUGAUGAAGCGAGCACUAUGUCGAUCGGCAAUUGAUGCUGUAUCGACGAAAGCGCUCAGCGCAUGAGCAUUAUAGAGUGUGUAUUUCAACUACAUCAGGACUGCCUCCGUUACAAGACAGCAGAGCGCACCCGCCGGGGCAGCGGGGUCGUCGAGCUCCAGCCGGGCUAAAAAGGGAGACAGCGGACCACCAGCCGAUGACAACCCAAAGCCGACAAGCCUGCAACAAGGGUACGAUAAAUUUUUGCUACUUGAUCAGAUGAUUUUGAUUUCAAAGAAGAGGAAGAACAAGAAGUUGUAGGGCGGGCGUUAUUAAUUUCUCCUCGCUCAUGCUCUGCCUCCGCGUCAGCAACAGCAUGCAUGUUGAUGAACAUGAGUUUGCCAUAUAAUCUGCUCCGCCGGCGCAAAAGUAAUAUUCUACUAGACGUGAACAAAUCAUGAAUCCUCGUCCACAGGACCGUUCCCUACAGCGAGCCGUCGACGGAGGUCUUCAUGAAGAAUCCCAACCUGCAGCCCUUCCGGCAAGUGCCGCGAAACGCCGCGCCGGCCUCACGGGUAGUGAAAACCCCACCACAAAACUUCAACCCGGCGGAUAUUCGGGUGGCGGUGCGAAAAGAGGUUGCUAAGGUAUCUAACGUACUAGCUGUAAUCUUCCCUUCAUCGAGGAGUAUAGUAGUUGUACCGAUAAUACCAAGAUUGUUGGGAUUGGCAGUUCUAAGUGCAGCGAAAUUUUCAAUGCAUUGGUGGAGCAGUUCUUGAUAUAAGAAAAAUAAAUGAAAAAAAACACUCAUCUCCCAGCCCGGUUUCUCCACGCGCAAAGCGCCGAAGUUCAACCCGGAGAAGGUCUCGCCCGGCGCGUUUUUUGUUCCUCUUCAAGCUCCGGAUGCAAACGAAAUCAAGCCCGGGCCGCGGAACCCACCGAAGUCCAAGUCAGACCCAGAAUACAUCGACCCAGAAGACGUGCUCGCGGCGAUCAAUGCGGACGGCAGUUACGCAGGCCACGAGGCAGGACGCUUGCAGAGAGAAAAGGAAGAGGCGGAAAUGGAGGCAAAGAAGAAAUAUGCCGUGAAGAUAAACAAAAGUAUCGCAGUCGCAUAUUAAAACAUGCACUGCAAAUGUGAUGUUUAUACCUGAGUCUGCAUUUACAAACUCCAUUUUUGUUGCUGAAAAUUUUGUGAUGUAAUUUUGCCACUUUUUUUUACUUAAUUAUGCGAUAGAAUAGGAUACUUUUGCCAUGCAUAGGAAGGAGGCCAUGGCCAAACUGGGAAAAAUGGCGGUGCCUAUGCCGGACUGGCCGCUGCACCCGCAAACGGGGGAGAAGUUGGACGGGUAUCCGUUCGUCCGAAAGUGGCUGGAAGACGAAAUUCGCUCGAAGGAUAAGCCGUACUAUCCGAAAACAAGGCCAAACGAACCGUUCACCUUUUUCAACACGCUGGGGAGGAGAAACGGUAUACGUUGAUUUGUUGCGAACUUAAUAAACUUAUUGUGAUCCUACUAGGUAGGGUUUCGCUCGUCGUCUUUUUCGUGCAAUAAUGUUGCUGCAGCUGCGGGUACAGACUUGACAUUCGCUACAUACUUUUGGAGACUUGUCAUGCCACACAAAAUAAAGCUACCGACUCUUUAUUUUGUGUUUGUCAGGUAAAUACUGCAUCAAGGGCGUUCCGGACGGUAAUUUCCCCUACCAAAAGGAAACGCACAGAUCCGUAACUUACGAGCACGAGUACAUUGCGGGGCUGGCGCGACGGAACGACUACAAUUUGAUCACCAACUAUCGCAAGAAAAAACUGUUUCACUGUGAACUUGUGAUGCAGAAGAUGGAACACAGACCUAUUUGUAUUGCUACACUUGCAAGACAUUGCAUUUUCGAGCGUCUUUUCCCUUGGGAAGAGCGCAUGGCAAAUUUUCUGUGUCAUGAGUACGGAACUUGUGAUGCAGAUUUUGCAAAAUCACCACUGUGAAACAGUUUUUCGGUGGGAUACCAACGAUGGGUUACCGCCGCUGGACCAGGAUUACUGAUUUGGGACGUGGUGACCAAGGAGGUCGGGAUGAUUCGCAUUCGCAUAUUUGUGCGGAUCGACGUACCGAGCGUGUUUGCCGUUUGUUUAUGUUUUACUCUUGUAUAAUGACCACGUUUUCAAUAUACAAAUCCGAACACAAAUAGCUUUAUUUCCUGGUGAACAAGACUAAAAAAUGUUGACGAGUGAGUAAAAAUGUUGCCGAAUAAUUCUAAAUGAGCGAGAGAUGUAUCAAGUUCAUCACGUCCUUGAUAGCUAUAGCAAGCCAAUAGAUCGAUGCAUUGUUGUAAAAUGUUUUGACACGAUGUUGAUGAGAGCUUUGACCUACGAGAUUGCGCGUUGUGAUUAGCAGCUUCUGCAACAUCCUCAUCCGCUGUACAGAACAAAUAAACAAGGAUGAUGUAGUAGAAACGACGACGAAUUCAUUGUCCCCUGUAAAUCAUUAACUGGGCAAAAU